AUGACGAGAACGGUGAGCAAGGGGAGGAAGAGUAGGAAGACGGAGAAGACGGAGAAGACGAUAAAGAAGAAGGGAUGGGGGAGGCGACGGCGCGAUGGAGAUGGAGAUGGAAAUGACGAAGAAAGCUGGAGGAUAUGGAGGAAUGUGAGCAGAGAGACCAAUGGAGAUAUUCCGUCUACCAGUCGAAUGAAAGCGAUCUUCAACAGGAACCAAAAUAUUUUGGUCUUUCAACCAUCUCAGGUGGCAUCCCAAUACUUUAUCCCACGCCCACAGCUUCCCGGGAUAUUCUCCAAUUUGGAUUGUUUCAAGAGACAAUUGUUUUCUUGA